GGCGGUUGGCGCUCAGUGUCCCGGAGGAGCAGCGCGGCCUCCCGCUCGUCCCGCGGGCCGUGAGAGUCGUGUGCUGUCGUGUCGGAGCGCCCACAGCCAUGCCGCUGCCCCCCGUCAUGUUCUGCGCUCAGCAGAUCCACAUCCCCCCGGAGCUGCCCGACAUCCUGAAGCAGUUCACCAAGGCGGCCAUCCGCACGCAGCCCGCCGACGUGCUGCUGUGGUCCGCGGGGUAUUUUUCAGCUCUGUCUAACGGAGAUCCACUUCCUGUAAAGGACAGAAUUGAAAUGCCUGUGGCCACACAGAAAACUGACACAGGCCUGACCCAGGGACUCCUGAAAGUCCUGCACAAACAGUUUAGACACAAGGAAUUUGUGGAAUUGCAAGACCUCGAGAAAAAGUGGAAAAACUUGUGCCUACCAGUAGAAAAAUUCAGAGCUCUCGUCAAACUGGACCCAUGCACUGACAAAAUUGAGUGGAUGAAGUUUUUAGCCCUUGGAUGUAGCACCCUUGGUGGGUCCCUGAACACCGCCAUGAAGCACCUGUGCGAGAUCCUGACCACCGACCCCGAGGGGGGCCCUGCCCGGAUCCCAUUCGAGACUUUUUCCUACGUCUACAACUACUUGGCCAGCCUGGACCCAGAGGUCCACUCGGCGGAGACGGAGUCCUACCUUGCCGCCUUAAAGGAGACCAUAGACUCCAAACACACUGGACUGAUAGGGCUUUCAGACUUCUACAUUCCAAGAAGGGCAUAUUAGAAAACUUGAAGAGAGAACUCUGAAUAGAUAGACAUUAAUAAAGGGAAGAACUCAUUUUAUUGUCAAAAUAAAAAUAGUGCUUGUGAGACCUUGGCACCCAAUACAGCUUGUCGCUGAUCACAUGAAUGUGUGAGUUCUUCCAUUUCCGCUGCUCACCAAGCCUUAUAAAGACCCCAAGUGUGACAAGAUCACAGAAGUACGCCAGCUCUUGUUAGGGAAAUCCUCUGUUCGGGGGGGGGGGGGGAGAGGAAGUUUA